UGACAAACAUGGCCGAUGCGGAAAAAUAUUCAUGACAGCAGCAGAGACAAAACACCAGGUUGCAUUGUUUCCCCCAAGUUGAGCCAUGUCUUCCCCAGUCUCUGCAGAUAAGCCACCUGCAGCUCCAACCCCCAUAGCCAGUGGCAUGGCGAGCAGUGUGUGGGGCUGGGCAGUGCUAGGAGGAACUCUGUAUUUUACUACCUUUGGUCUGACUGGAGGAAUAUGUGUGAUAUUGUAUGUGCUGGCAUUUGUCGCAGGUUGUUUGACCAUAGCAUACUACAUUGGCAGGAAGCAGUCCAUUGUCAUGUUGGAAUAUGGCCAGCCAAGUUUUGGAUAUCCUAGAAGAGGAAUACCCAAGUUGGUGAAGGAGGUGACCACUAUUAAGCCAGUCCCAAAAGUUGACAAGCGUCUCACAGGAUCCAAUGUCAUAGAUGAAGCACUGCAGGAGGUACUAGAGUACACAUUUCGUGACUAUAUCCAUGUCUGGUACCAGCGACUCAGUGACCACGAGGGAUUUAAGUACGACAUGAGGCAAACCAUACAAAAAGUUGUCAUAGCUUUUUCAAGCAGGACCAAAGAGAUUGACUGGGUGCCCUACCUGACCACAAGACUUGUAGACGACUUUACAUCUCAUGUUAGAAUGUUUAGAAAAGCCAAAGAAAAGAUGAAGGCAAAAGACAAGGAUGGUAAAUACACAGAGGAGGAACUAAUGGAAGCAUUCUUUGACCAGGAGGCAAAGCAUGAAGUUAAAAAAGACUGUAACUCAUUACAUAUAUGCAGAGACAUGAUAUGCCUAAAAAAAGAAAGUGAGAUACAAUUCCUGCAGGAUUUGAGUGAAGUGCUGCUAUUUUUGCUGCUGCCUCCAGAAGAUUAUCAUAACAAGCCAUUCCGUUACAUUUGUAGGGAAGUAAUGGUCAAUGGAGUGUUCAUUCCCAGCAUAGAUCUACUGUCUGACCCAGACUACAUUAACCAGUAUAUUGCGUGGAUGUGCAAAGAAGACACCCUGACCAAAGAAGCUUUCCUCACUGUUCUGAAGACUUCAGACACCAUAGAGGAACUUCAAGCUGUCAGGGAGAAGGUGGACUUAGAUAUAGCUAAAUAUAGGGCCAAAGACACAGGUGGCAGUGAGGACACAGAAAUCAAGCGUCAGCUCAGUAGUCUGCAGUAUGUGAAGGUGACAUGUGACAAACAGAUAGCACGACUACGAGGAGACCUGGACGAGGUGGAUGCAGGUGACGCACUAGGAGCGAACAGUGAAUAUCUCCAGUACUUGGCUCCAGGAAAGGCAUUGUAUUCUCUACUAUAUGACCAGUAUUGGGGCCCAGGUGUACAUCUACUUCUACCUGAACAUCGACGCAUACAGAGUGUCAGCGGAACAACAGAUCUCUGCCGCACGGGAGUCGACGCAAGAAGACGAGGAGAGUACCGAGGCCAUCUACGAGAUGUUGCAAAGCGCUGCUCUCAGUCUGUAUAACCAGUAUCUGUCAGAAAAGGCCACCCAGAGAAUAACUCUAGAUGAGGCUUUAUUACGGAGAACACUUCACAAGAUCAAACAGAGACCACCACAUGCAGAUUGUUUUGAAGAAGUUCGAUGCAAGGUUUGCGAGAUACUGGAGGGAGACAACUAUUACAAAGCCUUCAAGAAGAGCACAAUCUAUGUCAAACUGCUGGCCGAGCUGGACCUGCUUAACAAGGACGUGGAAGUGCCAGAGGCAGACGAACCUCCAGAAGCCACCAUCUUGAACGAUGAAUUCCACUUGGAGGCCACGGUGAUCAGCAGCGGAGUGAUGAAGGAGGAGAAAGGGAACAAGUCGUAUGCUGUGUAUUUUAUUAGAGUGAUGAAGAGGGAGAGGACAGACGGUGAACCUGAGAUAUGGGACUGUUACAGGAGAUACAGCGACUUCCACGACCUCCAUAUGACUAUCACUGAUAAGUAUCCAUCUCUUGCUACCCUUAAUUUUCCCAGUAAGAAGCUUAUUGACAACUUGAAGGAAGAAUUCUUGGAAAAGAGGAAGAAGGAACUGGAUCAUUAUUUAUGGACAGUAUAGUGAAUCCACUGAAGAUGAUGGGCAAUGCAGUGAAAUCUGUGCCAGACAACUUUGUAGAUGGGAUGAUCAAGAUGUCAGGCGGUAUACGAGGGCUUCCCAAGGACUUGGUGGAUGGUUUUGGAAAAAUACUGAAAGGGGUUGGUCCAGCAACAGAGAAGAGGGAUUCACUGGAGGAUUUAGAUGGGUUAGACACAUUAGAUGGUGAGGCAGACAACAUCCCACUUCGUAUCAUGCUGCUUUUGAUGGAUGAAGUGUUUGAUCUGAAAAGUAAAAAUCAGUGGCUGAGACGCAGGAUUGUGGCAGUGCUGAGACAGAUCAUCAAAAUGGCCAUGGGGGACUCCAUUAACAGAAAAAUUCUAGACCAUGUAGAACUUAUGACCUCAGCUGAGCAAGUAGCAGAAUAUGUGCAGCAAUUCAGGGAUUCCUUCUGGCCUGGUGGCAUUUUAGCUGAACCAAGACCGGAAAGAGAUCUUAAUACCAUGAUGAGGACCAGGGUUAUUACUAAAACAAAGAUGUUAGGCGGAGUGGCAGAUGAAGUACGCCACCUAGUGGGAAGUGAAACCACCAGAAAAGGGGUUUUCCGCGUGUUUGAGAUGUUUCAGUACAAAGCUCUGAACCGUCGUCUGCUUUAUGUCAUAAUGGAAGGAAUGAUGGAAACUUUGUUCCCUGACAACAAAUUUCGUGACAUUUUCCUGAAAAUACACUCCAAGUCACCACGUGCUGCCAGCAGACUGGAAGAAAAGCGACUAGUUAUGGAAGAAGAAGAAAGGGUGCGCUCAGAAAAAGAAAGGGCAAGAUCAGAAAGUGCAGAGAAGACCAAUAAGAAAAAGAAGGGAAAAUGAUUUUUCACAGAACUGAGAUGUUCAUGUUUUCUUGAAAAAAUUUCUCUUACACUGAUGUGGCUUGACUUGGGGGCCAGAAAUGGAGAUGAUGCAAUGAAUGGAAGACAGUGAUUCAAAUUUCUUAAAAAACUGACAAUUUUUUAUAAGUUCAAGCAACAUGCAGAAAAAAUGAGCUCAUUUAAUUUCAAACAGAUGCCCAUUUCCUCAAUGAAUUGACACUAAAAAGAAAUUAGUUUAGAAAGUGGUUGCACUGUUUGUAGAUUAGAGUGAAUAGGGCCUCAUUUAUCAAAAGUUGUUACUUUAAUUUGAGUUUUUUGGUAUUGAUAUAUGGGAACUGAAAUAAUUCAAGUCACGUGAAAUAUUUUUUCUUGGAAAUAGAAUGGAAAACAGAUUGAUUAGAUCCAACUGCAGUAAGAGAAAUCGAAAACAAAUUUGGAUGUUUGUUAUGAGCAAAGAGGAAAUCUCUGAAAGAGUGGCGGAAGUAUCACAGAGUUGGAGACAGGGGAAGGACUUCCCAGAAAAAUUGGUCAGUGUAAACUUAUGAGUACUAGGAUGUAAAAAUUACCUUUAAUAAGAAUGGGAUAAAACAGAGUAUAAAGUUAACGUAUUUCAGAUGAGACAGAAUUUCCUGUUUUUAUGGACAGGUUUAACCUUUAAUAAGAAUGUGAUAAAACGGAGUAUAAAUGGAUUUCAGAUGAGACAGAAUUUCCUGUUUUUUCUGGACCCUUAUUAUGUUUUUAUGUGACUGCAUCUGUAAUCACCUUUGUGCCCCUGGCGUCACUACAUUUUUGGAUAUUUCUGGAUAUUUUUCUCAUAAUCAUCAUAAGUGGAAAAGCAUAUCAGUUAAUGCAUAAACUUACAUCAAUUAUUCAUGUAGGAAUGCAUUGAAGUUUUUUGGGUUAUAUUUCUUUUCUUGAAGUCUUUCUUUUUUAUUGUCAAUUAUUCAUUUUCACAAAAUGUCAUUUUACAGAUGUGACUUUGGGUGUGCAUUGCUCUUGAAACACUGUCAUCAUAAACAUGAUUUAAAAUUGUCUUAUUAUUUUUUAAACUUGAAAAAAUGAUUUACAUGACUAAUAGCUAGAGAUUAUGAAUCAGCAAGAUUGGAUUUUUUUUUCUUGAAGUAAAGCAGUUUUUCUUUUUCUUGUGAAAGGUGGUGAUUAUUCAUAACAUGUAAUUUUGAAAAAGAAAACGAGAAAUAUUUGUCUUUGAACAGUCACCUCUGACUUGUUUUUCUUCUGUCACCAUUUGAUUUAUUAUCUCUUUUUUAGGCCUUGCGUAAUGAGGUUGAUUCAGAAUGACCCAAAUCAAAAUCCCAAAUAAACGUCCUUUAGAUUGUGUCAAAUAACAGGUGAACAGUUAUAAUCGGCCUCCAUUUUUACUUUUCCAUGGUCGCUUUUUGUCAUGUAAAGCUUUAUCUUAUAUCUCAACAAGUGAAUCAUUCCUUGAACUAAAAACCAUAUGCUUUGUUAAAUAAAGGAACAUGCAUAUCUAAUUUUUUUGGAUAGAAUUCAAAAGUUUUGAAUUUUUUAAUUCAAUACAAAUGUUUGCUGUCAUUACUUGAUGAAAUUUCAAGCCGUGGAUGGUGACUACUGAUAUGGAAAAAAGACAUGUUAAGGGUGAAAAUGAACGCGAUUGGGCACUGUGCAAUUAAACACUCUGGUAGAUGGAAA